GUAUAAAACUUAUCAAGUCAGUACUAAGAAGCGCAUUAGUAUAGUUUGCGUUUACGAAGUUACUUAUUAGGUACAAUCAGUGCGUCGAAGUUUAUAAAUUUGUUUUCAAUCUUUACAUUUCACAGAUUAUUAUUCAACAUUUUUGCGUUAAUGCACUGUUUUUUCAGUAAAAUGACAAUGGUGCUUUUUUAGUGUGUUAUGAAACCACACCGCACUUUCUCCUGCCAUAAAAAUUUCGUGGGACAUUCGCAAAUAGUCCUCAAAUAAAUGAGAAGCGUGUAUAAAGCUUAAAUUAGACGCGGAACUUUGAAUAAGUGUUACGCGGAAUCGGCUCUGAUUCUGAAAAUUGCUAGACCGCAAAAAGAAAAUUGUAAAAUUGCUUUCUCUCUCCUAGAAGAACAAAAAAAUUGGCGCGUUAUAUUACAUCAUUCUAUAAUAGUUUAAAUAAAAAACUUUACAGUUGAUUUACUAACAAAAGUGUAACAAACUUGUAGUUGUAAAAGCAUAGCUUUACAAUAUCUUUCAGUCUUAUUCGGAGUGCUCUAGGACAAUGAUCAACAAAAAUACAGCGAUAUCAUUUUCUAUUUCCAUUCUUCUUAUUAUACAAGUUGUUAAUGGUGAUGAAUUUCCUCAGUGUGAUAAAGAAGAAGAUUGCAAUCCAAAAGUAACAGACAGGGAAAUUACAUUUAAACAUGUCCCCUUGGUAUUUACUGUUGCUACAGAAGAAACAGAUGGUUUCUUAAGGUAUCUUAAAUCAGCAGAAGAAUAUGGCAUUAAUCCUGUUGUAUUAGGAAUGGGAGAAGAAUGGAAAGGGGGUGCAGAUAUACAGAAUUCUGUAGGGGGAGGGUGGAAAAUUAAUUUAUUAAAAAAAAGCCUUCAACGAUACAAAGAACAACCCAAUCGAAUUAUUAUUUUCACAGAUGGGUAUGAUGUAAUAAUAUUGGAUGAUCUCACCACAAUAGUCAAUAAAUUUCUUGCCACUGGUGCUAAAAUUUUGUUUGGUGCAGAAGGUUUUUGUUGGCCUGAUAAAAGUCUGGAAAAAUUGUACCCAGAAGUAAAACAGGGCAAAAGGUUUUUAAAUUCCGGCCUCUACAUGGGCUAUGCCCCCGAAAUUUUACAAUUGUUGGAACAUCAAUCAAUUGGCGAUGAAGAUGACGAUCAACUGUUUUUCACGAAGGCUUACUUGGAUAAGGAACUGCGUGAGAAACUACAAAUACAACUCGACCAUGAUAGCAGCAUUUUCCAGAAUCUCAAUGGAGCAAUAAAUGAACUCAAACUUGUUGAAGUGGAAACAAAAGAACGGAACGAGUUUCGAUUAAAGAAUGUUCUAACAAACAAAUCGCCGUCAUUUGUUCAUGGAAAUGGUUUUACAAAACUUAAACUGAAUUCUUUAGGUAAUUAUAUUGCAAGAGCCUGGAACCCGGUAGACGGCUGCAGACAUUGUAAGUGGCGUACAAUAGACCUUACAGAUGUACCGGACAAUAAAUUGCCAACGGUGUUAGUUGCGGUAUUUGUAGAAAUACCAACACCUUUCUUAGAAGAACAAUUAAUGAAAAUUUACAAGCUUGAUUAUCCUAAAAAUCGCAUUCAUCUUUUCCUUCAUAAUAAACUCAAAUAUCAUGCAGACACUGUAAAAGGGUUUGUCGAAAAAUACGGAGGCGACUAUUUAUCUAUAAAAGAAAUCAAAGCUGAAGAUGGUACAAGUGAAUGGAAUGCAAGGGAUUUGUCAUUGGAACUUACAUUAAGGAAAAAAUGUGAUUACUACUUUUCUAUUGAUUCGUUGGCGGUUUUGGAUAAUCCAAAAACAUUACGUUUAUUACAAGAACAGAACCGUACUGUGGUCGCCCCGUUGCUGGCGAGAUAUGGAAAGUCUUGGAGCAAUUUCUGGGGUGCCCUCACGACUGACGGAUUUUACGCGAGAUCUCACGACUAUUUGGACAUCGUGUACAAUACGAAGAGGGGUCUUUGGAAUGUGCCAUACAUUUCAAAUUGCUAUUUGAUAAACUCGACAUUAUUAAAUAGAUACGACAAACAAAAGUUAAGCUAUGUUCGUGACAAUUUAGACGCAGACAUGGCAUUUUGUGCCAAUUUAAGAGACCUGGGGAUAUUUAUGUAUGUUUCUAAUCGUUUCGACUUCGGCCAUCUUAUCAAUCCUGAUACGUAUGAUAUCACCAUUGCUGUACCCGAUUUAUAUCAAAUACAAGACAAUCCAACGUUAUGGGAGGAACGGUACAUCCACCCUAAUUAUUCCAAUAGUUUACAGCCAGGAAAUACACCAGUACAGCCAUGUCCUGAUGUGUAUUGGUUCCCUAUUGGUACAGAGCGCUUUUGUAAUAACAUGAUCCAGAUGGUGGAGAGUUUCGGACAGUGGUCUGACGGUUCUAAUCAAGAUCCCCGUUUAGAAGGUGGUUACGAGGCUGUGCCCACUCGAGACAUCCAUAUGAAACAGGUCGGUUUCGAUGAGCAAUGGCUGUUCUUCUUGAAAAAAUACGUCCUUCCUUUAACCGAACACGUUUUUACCGGUUAUUCUCACGAUCCUCCUCGAUCUUUGAUGAACUUUGUGGUGAGAUAUAGACCGGACGAGCAACCCUCUUUGAGACCCCACCACGACAGUUCCACGUAUACUAUCAACAUCGCACUGAAUAGGGCUGGUAUCGAUUAUGAAGGAGGCGGUUGCAGGUUUAUACGGUACAAUUGUAGCGUUAAAGCCACAAAGAUGGGUUGGAUGUUAAUGCAUCCGGGAAAAUUAACCCACUAUCAUGAAGGACUUCUUGUAACAAACGGUACUCGUUAUAUUAUGAUUUCUUUCGUUGACCCAUAGAGGACUAAAAAGUCGAACAAACGAAAUAACGUUUUCGUUUCUUACUUUGAAUCUUUUAUUUUUAACUUGAAGUGCUAGAUAAGCGUAAUUAUGUAAAUAGAAAGUUAAGCAAAGAUUCCUAUACAAUAACCAAAGUUGAAAUUUUUAAUUCUUAAUUUAAUCGUUAUUUGUAAGAAUUAAUGUAAAUUCUAUAUUGUGGUAAUGCCCUUUGGACGAAUAUUCUCUUAUAAUGUACGUGUAAAUUAUUUCACUACAAUAAAAUUGUGUAUUUUGUUAA